CACAGGACUGAUUGCGAAGCACAGCACUGGGUUCAAGUUGUCUAUCUUGAAGAAGUCGUGGAAAGUGAAUAUGUGACAUAGUCAGUGUAAGAUGGAAUGGGCAAACCAGUCCAUUGUGACUGAAUUCAUCACCACUGGGUUCCCCAGCCUGAAGAAGAUCAGGGUCCCGGUUUUCUUGCUGGUCUUGCUCAUGUACAUGGUGACCAUGAUGGGAAACAUGGUCAUUAUCUUUCUCACCAGGACUGAUCCCAGCCUCCGCACCCCUAUGUACUACUUUCUGGGCAACUUCUCCUUCCUGGAGAUCUGGUACACCUCGGUCACAGUGCCCAAGAUGCUGACUGACCUGUUGGUGGAAAGGAAGGUGAUUUCCUUUAACGGCUGCAUCUCCCAGCUUUAUUUUUUCCUAGCCCUGGGUGCCACUGAGUGUCUCCUCUUGGCAGUCAUGGCUUAUGACCGCUACUUGGCUAUAUGCAGCCCCUUGAGGUACACAGCUCUCAUGAGUGGCACGGUGUGCAUCCAGCUCACCACCUGGUCCUGGAUCACCAGCUUCCUCCUGCCCUUAGUACCAGUGAUCCUCAUCUCCCAGCUCCGUUUCUGCGGCCCCAACGUGGUGGAUCACUUCUUCUGCGACAUCUUGCCUGUGCUAAGGCUGGCCUGUGCCAACACCCACCUCAAUGAGAUGCUCAGCUUCUUCCUCUGCUCCUCAGUCAUCCUGGGCUCCUUCAUGUUGACCAUGGCCUCCUAUGGGAGCAUUAUCACCACCAUCCUCGGCAUCCCCUCAGCCGCUGGGCGCAAGAAAGCUUUCUCAACCUGUGCCUCGCAUCUGACAGUGGUGGCAGUCUUCUAUGGCACAGUGACCUUCAUGUAUGCCCGGCCCACAAGGAAAUUCUCCUUCCAGCUGGACAAGGUGGUUGCAGUCUUCUACUGCGUGGUCACCCCGCUUCUCAAUCCCAUCAUAUACAGCCUCAGGAAUCAGGAGGUGAAGGAGGCCCUGAGAAAAGCCCUGUAUGGCAAAGGGAGAGCCCUAAAAUGACACUGGCAGGGACAGAAAAGGCUGAAACAAAUACAGGGAAAUUGGCAAACCUGCCAAUAAGGAGUGGAGGGUAUGCCUGCUUUGAAUGGGGAGUCCACCAUGGUUUGCUGGACUGACUGCAGACCCACCCCCCAAACUGAGUGUUCCAAAGG